AUGCUGGUGUAUGAUUGGAGAAGGGAGUAUGGAAGAAAGAGGAAGGGGCUGAAGUUUGACGACAUGAGAAUAAAAGUUAAUAUUAGCUUUUGUGUGGCAAUGGUCAUAUCGCCACAUCAGUUUGUAAGCAAAGUUGUGGUGUUUGUCAAAGUGUGCAGGAAGUGGAAAAUCUUGGCCUCAGACAACAAUUUAUGGUUUAACUUAUUUGAAGAAAGAUGGGGCAUACAUUGUGCCACAUUUUAUGUCCCCAUAGAUUCGAAGUCAUGGAAAGAAGUGUAUGCAGUACAAGAUCGUUGUGAUCGAAUUGGAUUGGGGCUGAAGAUAGUAAGGGAAGGAAAUGAGUACUACCUUGUCCAUCAAGGUGAAAUUCAACGAUAUUUGGGUUCAAGAAGACAGCUAGAGAGAGGAAAUAGUAGCAGUUUAGUUAGCUCGGGAAAAGGCCUUGCAGGACCUUUGGAAGAAGAGGAACCUUGCAUGGGGAUUCUGGACCGAAUCCUUUUCUUCAUUGGGGACUUGGAAGCUGCUUCGGUAUGCGCCAAGCGAAGCCGGGUGUUGUAA